UUAGUGCCAAUCUUGUUUCUAAUUAUCUUCUCUGCAUGCAAGCCUCGUUGCUUUUUAUUUUUUCUAUUAAGCUCUUUUUUCUAUUUUUCCUUGUUGGAUUUUUUAUAUUUUUCACUUUCCAAGGUUUUUCAGUUUGUGUUUAUUGUUUUACCUUCAUUGCUGGUAACCAUGGUUAAGCUGUUCUCUUGUCUCUUUGUUUAUUUUUCUGUAGUUAUACCAGAGAUGGUACAUGGGUUUUGGUUGCCCACUUGUUGUUUUGCAGAGUAGGCUUAAGUUAAUAAGAUCUUUACACAACUAUUAAAUCUUCCUUUCUUGUUUUCUAUAUCUAACGUAUUACUUUUACUAAUGUGCAGAAGUUUUGAUUUCUUGAUUAUCUGGGUUUCUUAUUAUUUAUACCUGUACUUGUUUAUAUGCUGGAAUUGCUGUUUUAUGAAACUUGGGUAUUCACCAAUCUUAACAGAUCAGUCUGUGUUUCCAUCUUUUAUGGACUGCUUAAGUAAGUAGGUGGAUGUUUAUAAGAGGCAGUCUGCUAAACUCCACGGGGGCCUGAGAAACGAUGCCAAACCAGCUAUGGUUUGCACUGCUAAUGACUUGCAAGAAUGGAAAGAUUUCCCCAAGGGUCUUAGGGUGCUUGUCCUUGAUCAAGACAGCACUUCUGCUACCGAUAUAAGAUCAAAUCUUGAGGCAAUGGAUUAUGUUGUUUCAACAUUUUGCAACGAGAGUGAGGCGAUGUUGGCGUUUUCGAGUAAACCUGAAAGUUUUCAUCUUGCUAUAGUAGAGGUGAAUACGGGUAACGAAAAUGGGACAUUCAAGUUUCUUGAAACUGCCAAGGAGUUGCCUAUCAUAAUGACUUCAACUGUUCAUUGCUUGAGCACCAUGAUGAAGUGCAUAGCACUUGGUGCAGUUGAAUUCUUGCCGAAACCACUCUCUGAGGACAAGCUUAGGAAUAUUUGGCAGCAUGUGGUACAUAAGGCAUUUAAUGCAGGAGGUGGUGCUCUCUCUAAGCCGCUCAAGCCUGUCAAAGAAUCUAUAGCAUCAAUGCUGCAUCUUAAGGUUGAAAAGGAAGAACCAGAUACUAAAAUCUCAAUAGAAAUGGAGAAUUCGUCUGGGAUUAAGGAAAAUAACCAGGAGCAAUCGGCAGGAAGUGAUAAGUACCCAGCUCCUUCAACCCCACAGCUAAAACAGGGAGCAAGAUUACUAGAUGAUGGAGACUGCCAAGAUCAAACUAAUUGCUCAGCUGAGAAAGAGAAUGGGGAGCAAGACGGUGAAUCUAAAUCUGUCGAAACUACAUAUGGCGACUCAGUUGCUGAAGAUGCUCUAUUAAUUGGUGAACCUGAGAUGCAGGCUAAGUCUAUGGUCAAGGAGGAGGAGGAUUCUGUUGAUGGUUCCAAGAGUGAGAGUGAGUGUCACAUGUCUCCUCACCAACAUAAUGACGACAGUCCCAACAAUGUUAUGUCUCCUCACCUAAAUAAUGAUGAUAGUUCCAACAAUGUUAUAUUCCCUCACCUACAUAAUGAUGAUAGUCCCAACAAUGUUAUUGGUGGUGUUAACAAUCCAAGCAAAGCUUCUGCUCUGACUAAUUCCUCUGUGUCUAAAUCAAAUAGAAAGAAGAUGAAGGUAGACUGGACACCUGAGCUCCACAAGAAAUUUGUGCAUGCUGUGGAGCAGCUAGGUGUGGAUCAAGCCAUUCCUUCUCGAAUACUCGAGCUGAUGAAAGUUGAAGGCUUGACUAGGCACAAUGUAGCUAGCCACCUCCAGAAAUAUCGAAUGCACAAGAGGCACAUUUUACCCAAGGAAGAAGACCGGAGAUGGCCAAGACCAAGAGAUCCGGUGCAAAAAAAUUUUUAUCCGCAGCAACCUAUCAUGGCUUAUCCUUCAUAUCAUUCUAAUCAUGCCCUGCCAGUUGCACCGGUCUAUUCUAUGUGGGGGCAACCAGGAAACCAUCCUGCCAGUGUCCAAAUGUGGCCCCCCCCUGCUUAUCCUCCAUGGCAAUCUGCGGAAAGUUGGCAGUGGAAACCUUUUUCUGGGAUGCAUGCUGAUGCAUGGGGUUGCCCGGUAAUGCCACCUCCACAGGGUCCAUAUGCUUCAUACCCUCAAGUGAAUGUAUCAGGGUUCCACAACACAGGUGUAAUCAAUAAUGUAUGCAGCAUGCCACAGAACACUUUUGACAUUCAUCCGGCAGAAGAGGUAAUUGACAAGGUUGUGAAGGAGGCAAUAAACAAGCCAUGGCUACCCCUCCCGUUGGGGCUCAAACCUCCUUCCACUGAUAGUGUGCUAUCUGAGCUCUCCAGGCAAGGCAUCUCCAACAUCCCACCUCAUUUAGGCAGCUCAGAUUCCUUCUGCCAUGGCACAGGUUCACAACAUGAAUGAAAUCCUGAUCAAAAGGGCAGCCCUAGUCGGUAUCAUCCAAUCAAGUUUAUGGUCUGUUGGCAACAAUUUUGUCUAGGAUAAUUAAAAAAUGAAAUAAAAUAAAAAGAGUUUAGGCGUUUAGCUACAUGUUGAGAUUUGAUUGAUGAAGACCAGCUAUUUCUGCAUUCUUUGAUCAACUUGAUAAGGUACUCCACCCCCACCACCACCAGCAACAAGACACUGAACUUCUAGUCAGAGAGAUGUACAAAUAAAAAUGAGUGAGAUGAUGAACAAUGGUCCAAAAUGCAGCAGUUGUGCAUGGACAGCUGAGAGUUUGCCACGUAUGUGAAUUUUGUACGACAUAUGAGAACAUAUGGCUGUAAAUAGAUCCUAACAAGAGUGGAUCCCACUUGGGGGUUGUAAUUUUUUAAUGAUUUUCAGAUUUUGUUUUAGGACUGAAUUGAAGGAGAUGGGGUUGAUGGCAUGGUGCACUGUAUAGUGUUUGUUGGGUGGGAGCCAAUUGUGGCAGUAGAAAAAGUUGCCUAAUAAAUGAAAGCCUAAGGUGGUACAGUUCCAAUCAUAGACCAUAGUGUUACCUAGCUGGGCUUGUGAAUAAAUUUGACUCAAGCUUAGUUGAUGCUGACUCGUACUUUAUCAAGAAAUUGAGUUUCAUAGUGUGAUCAAA